AGAGAGCAGCUACCUUCAAGGUUUGGAGAGAGGGGUGAUGCCUAUUAUAUGAGUUAAAAAAAAUGUAAAGGAUCUCAAGCUGGCAUUUAUAGGGUACAUGCCCAGUGUAGAGAAACCUCAACAUAAUAACUUCCUGUGUUCUUUAACUUUUCAUGGCAGAAUCUUAAUUGUAUGGUUUCAUCAAACAUUUUUUUAAAUGUAGUUUUAAUUAUUUGUCAAUUCAUACAUUUGGAUUCUACUGAACAAUUGGGCUGAAACUCUAGUCCCUUAGAAAUACUAUACUCUUUUUCAGGCAUUUGUCAGCUCACAUAUAAAACUGAAGUAGAAAAUUGAAAUUAGCACUGGGAGUUUCUUUUUAAAUAUCCAUGCUUUAAUGAAAGAAAAGACUUGUUUGACAUACACCCUUUAUUUGCUUAACUCUCCAAUUAAUAGCUACAGAAAUUAGAGCUAAUUUUAUUAAAUAUACAAAUGUACUGUGGUGUUGACCACAUUGUCAAAGUCUUCUGGAUAAGCAUUGCAAUGGUUUAUAAAUAAUGCAAUUAAAAUACCAAUUCUAGUAUUAAAAGGUUCUGUUUCAAAAGCUCUGAAUGGACAGGAAAAUAUAAGAGGAUGUGUGUAAAGUCAUUUUUCAGGUCACUAAACAACAUAAUUGGGCAAUCAUUCCUAAUGCCCAUCUCUAAAAUUAGAUUUUUUACAAAAUUUCUUCGUAUUUUCUCCUGUUCACAAUGAAAAUUGAGACCAAACGCACAUUGUAGGGACUCUGGCUUGUUGUAAUGCAUCAAGCUCUCCUGACUAGUUCCCUCCAAAUUACAAUCAUAGAGGUCAAAUUCACAAGUUUACCUUGAAGUGGUUAUCCCUCUUAGAAUAGCUUCCAAAAAAUUAGGUUGAUCCAUAUGAAAUUGCCACUUUUGAAAGUUGAAAGACAUAAAAUAUUGGCAAUUUCAUAUGCUUCCACAUACACAAAUGUCCAUCUGCCUUAAAGAACAUAAAUAUUUUAUACCAGUUCAUCUUUAGGCACUUCUUCCAGUCAAACUUUCCCCAGUUUAGAGUAAUCCUUAAGAGAUUCUCUAGGAAUUCUUACUCAGAUUGGAGUGGAUUAUCACAGUAUCUCCUUCUUUGUACCUCUUAAUCCUUGGCAAAGGCUUCCUAACCAAGGAAUUGGUGCUGUCUAUACCUGAGAUGUAAGUUUGUUAGUAAUCAAGGCUUGAGGGAUGGAGAGUGUGAGAAAGAGAGGGAGACUGGUGGAGCAGUUAUAUUGUAAAAUACAGCCCUUUAAACAUUAAAUUUGAAGACAGAAAAAAGAAAACACCCCUUGACGGCAAAGUGCAAAGGAAAUUGCCUAAAAUAUAGACAGCAGAAUAUUGGGCCAAAUCGUAUGACUAAAUCUUUGCAAUCUCAAUAAAGUGAGUUCGCUUUGAAGUGCACGCGUUAUUCUGUAAACGACCCUUGUUAGCAAUUAGAAAUCGGUCAUUUCGGUCCCUGAUUUCAUUUGUGCCGAGAGAGGCGACUUUUAAGGGUGGUGAUAAAUCUCCCUGAGCUUAAAAGGCAGAGAGGGCCAAAGUGUGAACUUUUUACUUCAGCAACGGAAGCGAGAAAUCAGUGAUUCAUUAAAGCACAGACCUCCUUGGAAGCUGGCAGAAGAGGAGGAAAGGAAGCUAAUUAUGUCUUCCUUUUCUUUGCUUGCUCACACCAGUUUAUAAUCUGCUGCUUUAGGGGGUUUAUCCUUAGCAUCUUUCUUCCUCAACGCCCCCCGCCCCCCUUUCUGGGAGCAAGAGGGGGAAAAAAAGUCAGCCAAGCACCGGGCUCCAGGUGGCUCUCAAGUACUUCACUGUCAAAGGAAAAGAAAAGAAAAGAAAAAAAAUCCUAUGCUGAAAAACAAGUGAGAAAGGGGCUCUCCAGAGGGGAUUGGUUCAGGGUGGAAGAAAGCAAAAUUCGGAAAGUGUGAGGAUACAGCUUGCGCCGGUGACCAGCGCUCAGAGCACAAGGACGCUUUCGCGGCAAUUAGCCGGAGCUGGAAGCACAGGCGGGGACUGCAGGCUGCCGCGGCGGGGUGGCGAGGAAGGGACCCGCAGCCCCCGAGCUCCGGGCAGAGGCAUUGCGCUCCCUUCUACUCGAUCCCCUGCUCUCCCCCCCUCCUGGCCUCCUUCCCCCCUCCCUCUCCUUGGCGUUCCCAGCAGCCGAGGGUUUCAGAUGUCCCACCGCCGUUUGACCCCCUCCCCCCGCUUCUCCACCCUUGCAAAUGAGGUUUGACCAGCAGAGGCAGAGCCCACCUCUGGCUUAGAAUCACUGACAUUUAGACUCCAGGCUUCAACCUGUUUACAAGCGGGCUUUCCAAAGGAAGGGGGUGGGAGGAGGAGAGAAAUUGGGCCAAACAAAACACCAACCUCCAUCCCCCCCCACCCCCAAAUAAGAAGUGACUUUCUGGAGGCUUCAAACCAACAGGCACCAUCAAAAAGAGAAAGCGAGAGGGGGAAGAAAACAACGGCGACCGGGCAGCUGCAUCCAGUUCUGACAACUCCAAAGGGACGCACUUUUAGAACUGGCUAGCCAGCUGGGGCUCUUCGGAGAGGGACCAGAAGGUGCCAACCGCAGAGGGGCGCAGAUAUCUCCCCCAGCCUCCCACCCCAGGCCCUUUGGGUUUUGUUCACCGUGCUGUCAUCUGUUUUUCAGACCUUUUUUUGCAUCUAACAUGGUGAAGAAAGGAGUGAAGAAAGGAGUGAAGAAGAGAACAAAGUAACUCCUGGGGUAGUGAAGAUCGAGGGUGACCCACACCACCACCGCCGCCACCAGUUUCUGCUACUGCGGCCACCCACGUCCACAUUCACCCGGAGAGCGAGGGGCGCGAGGCAGCAGAUCCGAGAAAGGAGCAAGGAGAGGCAGCCGGCCCUUUCGAGGAGUUAUGGAUGUUGGUGCUUUCACUUCUGGUCAAAUCCGAGCCCAGAGGGAGCUAACCAGCGGCCGCCACCUCCAGCUGUCUCCUUGCCUCGCACCAGGUCUUACCCUUCCAGUAUGUUCCUUCUGAUGAGACAAUUUCCAGUGCCGAGAGUUUCAGUACAAUGUGGAAAUGGAUACUGACACAUUGUGCCUCAGCCUUUCCCCACCUGCCCGGCUGCUGCUGCUGUUGCUUCUUGUUGCUGUUCUUGGUGUCUUCCGUCCCUGUCACCUGCCAAGCCCUUGGUCAGGACAUGGUGUCACCAGAGGCCACCAACUCCUCUUCCUCCUCCUCCUCCUCGUCCUUCUCCUCUCCUUCCAGUGCGGGGAGGCAUGUGCGGAGCUACAACCACCUCCAAGGAGAUGUCCGCUGGAGAAAGCUAUUUUCUUUCACCAAGUACUUUCUCAAGAUUGAGAAUGGGAAGGUCAGCGGUACCAAGAAGGAGAACUGCCCGUACAGUAUCCUGGAGAUAACUUCAGUGGAAAUUGGAGUUGUUGCCGUCAAAGCCAUUAACAGCAACUAUUAUUUAGCCAUGAACAAGAAGGGAAAGCUCUAUGGCUCAAAAGAAUUUAACAAUGACUGUAAGCUGAAGGAGAGGAUAGAGGAAAAUGGAUACAACACCUAUGCAUCCUUCAACUGGCAGCACAAUGGGAGGCAAAUGUAUGUGGCACUGAAUGGAAAAGGAGCUCCCAGGAGAGGACAGAAAACUCGAAGGAAAAACACUUCAGCUCAUUUUCUUCCAAUGGUGGUACAUUCAUAGAGGAAGGCUAUGUUGGCAGAUGAAGUAUAACCAAAAGCUCUUUUGCCAGCAAUAGUUGAUAUUCUUCAUGAAGACAGUAGCUCAAAAGGCAAAGACAUAUUUCAAGUGUCUGCUUGCUUGAAAGAAAGGAAGCCUUUGAAGGUUUUUGUAUGCACUGCUGACAUAUGAUGUUCUCUUAAUUAGUUCUGUGUCCUGCCUUGUAAUUGAGAUAUAAGCAGAUCAAAUGGGAUGGAAGUCAUUCCCAAGUGAACAAUACUGUGGCUGAGUUUUGGUGUUACAUUUUUUGUUUUCGUUUUUAACCUCUGAGAUAGAACUUAAAGGACAAGGAACAAUCUGUUGAGUGAUCUUCGGGAAAGUUAUUUAUGGAAUACAAACUCAUAUCAAAGACUUUCAUUGCUCAUUCAAGCCUAAUGAUUCAAUGAGCAGUAAGACACGCAAGCAUUUACUGGAAAGCACUUGGGUCAUAUCACAUGCACAACCAAAGGAGCUUUGGGUGUGGCAUCAUGGAAGAAUUGGAUAGGAUUGAAAAAUAUAAACAUGGUAGUGUAAAACUGUUCUAACAAAACAAAUAGUAUGGUAUGCUUGUGCAUUCUGCCUUCAUCCCUUUCUAUUUCUUUCUAAGUUAUUUAUUUAAUAGGAUGUUAAAUAUCUUUUGGGGUUUUAAAGAGUAUCCUCAACAGCUGCCCUCUAAUGUACCUUUUCUAUUUCUUUAGCACACCACAGGCAUGUUCAUGACAAAGUGUUUUUAAAACUUGGCAAACACUUCAAGAAUAGGAGAUGAGAUUGGGGAAACAGUGUGAGUGUCCCCUGUGCUGUCAGUUGACAUAAUCUGCACUUCUGCCAUAAGAACCAUCAGACAUAAAUACGACAAUGUUUUGGCAUGGCUUGAAUGAGAGAUGUCUGCCAUCAUUUAAAAACAUACAUCACACCUAAGGCUUCUUUUCCUAAGAAAUAGACCAGAAAACCAAAUUCUUUUCUUGAAAUACAUCAAUGGGUCUCCGAGAGUAUACUAAAAGAAGGAAAAUUUUAAAAUACAUUUUAGUAGCCUAGUCUCAUUCUUAGUAAUGAUCUUUUGCCAUAUCUCACAGUGGUAAGUGAUGAAGAGGCUGUCUGCACAUAUAAGAGCCCUGUAUAAAUCUCACAUAGUACAUCUCCCCAAAUGAACCAUCAAGGAAUUUGGUAUGAAGUGCAACCCUCCCAGGGGCUUAAACUGAGCAAAUGUAUUGGUAUAUAUGUAACCAGAUACUGAAACCUGUUCAAGCUGUAUGGUCUAGUCUUUACAAAACCAAAUAAAACUUGUUCUCUAGAAAUUUAAAGAGCUUUGGAAGGUUCCAUAAUGUAACCUUAUUGACAUUCAUUUUGUUAGAGCAGAUAUAGAAAACAGUACAUAAAUGUGUACCAGUCAUCAUCACAUUGUAUUCCUUCCACUAGAUAAAUACAUAAGCCUUAUUUGCAGUGUCUGUAGUGAUAAAAAGAAAAGUGUAGAAAAAUAUUAUUUGUUCUAAAUACUUUAAGUGAUAACUAUAAGAUUAUUAUUGAUGCUGCAGUUUUAUCUUCGUAUUUCUUGUUUUCAAAAGGUCUGUUUAUUGUUUGGACACAGUAUUUUGGUACAAAGGAAAGACUCACUAAAUGUGUCUUCUUACUAAAGGUUAACCUUUAGAAAGGCUGGUGUUCUGUGAUCCUCUCUAAUAACUUAAUUGUGUCAAUGUUUAACCAGCACUUCUAGUUAAUCCAUUAUUUAAGAAUUAGCUUUAUUAAGAAACUUUCCCAUAAAGUAAUCCCAUAAAAAAAGUUGGGAUUCCUUAAAAAGUUGGGAUUUCAAAGGAAUCAUUCCUUUAAAAAGUUGGAAUUUCAAAGAAAUGUAUUCCAGGCAGAGUGUUUUGGCUCAUGGUACAUUUCAUGGUUGCAUUUCAUGGUACAUGGCUUCCAACUUGCUUUUUGAUAAAAAAUGUUUAAUUUUGUGAUUGGAAUCUGUAUGUUAAAAUUUAAUUGGUAACUGAGUCUUAAAGCCAUAAUGUGAUGCAUUCCUAUGAAAACUAGGCUAUCUUUGUUGUUUUAUUUUAAAAUAAUAAUUGCACCUGACACAUCAACAUGGACCACCCACAACCAAAAUUAAAUGUUGAGUGAGACAGAUAUAGUAUUAGAUGACCAUGGUAACAGCAAAUAGGGCACAAACUGGAUUCAUAUUUCACAAAGCCAUUUAGAUUACCAAAGAGACUAUGUGUAAACAGUCAUCAUUGUAGUACUCAAAACACUCAAACAGCUUCUAGCAAAAUGUAUCAAAGCUUGCAGAAGCCAAAAAUAGAAAACAUCUCCUUCACCUCUCCCCCUGCCUCAUCCCCCAAACACACAUAUUGACAGAGAUAAAGACAGAAACAGUUUGAUAAAGAGUAAUGAGAUUCUCCUGCAUUUACAAAUGGCAUCAUUGCUUGAUAUUGAGAUAGCAUUCUGGUCCCCUUUGCGGCUGGAUUAUGCUACUGAAGGGACAGAAGCUCCAGUCCUGACUGUUGUUGUUGGUUUUUUUAAUCAUGAUUUUGUGAGCUCUGCCUCUGUAGAACACUCUGGCUACAGUGUCAAGGUGUGUUAUCCACAAAUGUGUGUCCAUCUGAGUGUUGAUUUCAAGGAGACUCCUCAUAAAGAUAUAGAUUCCUUCCCUCCUCCUACCUCCCAAAAGGCUGAACAGUGUAUAGUAUGUUACAUUUAAAUAACUCAAUAAAAACGCUGGGAAAAGAAAAUGAAAA